UGUGGUUGUAGAGUCAGUAUUGAGUUUGACUUUGUCUUGAGCAAACGUUUCCACUAAUAUUUCAAAGAGCAGCAAACAAGUUUCACUUGCAAUAUUAAAAACAAUAACAAUAACAACAAAUACAAAUACAAAUAUUUUCCAAUACACACACACAAUAAAUAGAAAAUUAAUUAGUUAUUAUCAGUGAAUCAUAAAAUAAGAAUUACAAUAAAAAGUGCAAAAUGGUGUAUUUGUACAACAACAUGGAGAAUAGUACGAAUUUCUUAAUUGAUGCCAUACUGGCUAAGAGUUCAAGACAACCGUUACCGCAAAUGCCAAUGUAUCAAACAACAACAAAUCAAAUGCUUCAUCAGCGUACAACACCAUCACAACCACAACAACAAAUGCAUUUUGCAACAAAUCCCAUGCGUGUUUAUCAACAACAACAACAACAACAAUAUCAACAACGAGUGGCACAACCGUACAGUAGUGAUGAUCUCGCCAGCAUCGAUAGUUUCGAGACCCCCUCACGUACCAGCACACCAAUGAGCAGUGGCGCCGAUUCGCUCAGCUCCGGUGAAGACAAACACGAGGGUGUGGAGAGUGGUGAAGAUUACGAGGAGGAGGAUGAGAAUGCAGUUGUCCCGCAAACCGAAGGCGCGCAAACCAACGGCGCCCAAACCGCCGGCGCCCAAACCAACGGCGCACAAGCCAACGCAGCGAACAUCGACAAGAAACCCACAUUCAGUUACAACGCGCUCAUCAUGAUGGCUAUAAAGAGUAGCCCUAAUCAGCGUUUGACACUUAGCGGCAUCUAUGAAUAUCUGAUCACCCACUAUCCAUACUUCGACAAUAAUCGGCGCGGCUGGCAAAACUCUAUACGCCACAAUUUGAGUUUGAAUAAAUGCUUCACAAAGAUUCCACGCAACUACAAUGAUCCCGGCAAGGGCUCCUACUGGAUCUUGGCCCCCAGCGCCGAAGAUGUAUUCAUUGGUGAGACAACCGGUAAAUUGCGUCGCAAGAAUCCCGGUGCAAGUCGUGCCCGCAUGACCGCCUACCGCCAAAGUAUGUACAACCCGGUAAUGGCACCGGGUUAUGUCGUGCCUCCACCAACUAUGCCGGUCCCAUAUCCCAAUGCGCAGCAAUUUGCCGGCGCUGCCGGUUAUAUGAAUGCUGCCGCCGCCGUCGCUGCGACCGCGCUUUAUCAACGUAUCGCGCAACCGAUGGUCGCGGUCGCCGCUUAUCAUCAGGCCGCCAUGUAUGGUGGCGCAGCACAGAUGGCAGCUGCCGCAGCUGCGGGUGGCCUAGCACCACCACCACCAGCAGUACCGAUCGCAGCAGCAUCCCCACCGAUGGGCGCACGUUAUUUGCCAAUCGGUUAUAACCCGGCGGCUUAUGGCGCUAUGCCUACACUGCAGGCACCGCAAAUGACGAACGAGAUGUACCAGCGCAUGCAGCAAAAUUUGUACAGCAAUUUCCCCAGCAGCAGCUAAGCAGCACACUCCACAACACAAACACAAACGGCUGAGCAGGUGGCAAGCAAACGAAUUUUUUGGCCACCAUGUUUCCAGCGGCGACACGGCGUACAAUCGGUGGUACGUCGUUCACACUCCGACGGGCAAUCAAAUGGGUAAUAAAUAAACCAGAUCAGCGACAGGGCAAGGCAAGAAAUGCUAAAGUGGAAGUCUCACUAUUGGGUCUAACAAGGUGUUUAUGUGCGAUUGGGCGGCAAAAAGAGGCCUCCAGUCAGUCAGCGGCUGCUACGUUGAAAAUGCGCUCGGGACAAAGAUGUUCCCCAUUGAGACAGCAUACAUAUGUCUGGGCGAUAAUUAUGAGUAAUAAGUUAAAAAUGAAAGAAAGAAAAUUUAUACGAAAAAUAUUUUAAAAAAAUCGAAAAGAGCAUUAAACAAAAGUCAUAUUGUAUUCAAAAAAAUUGAAAAAAAAUCUAAUAUUUUAGUUAUAAGAAUUAUUUCACAAAAAAAAAAAAAAAUCAUCAAA